AUGGAUUAUAAGACAAUGCAUGCCGUCUCUCAGACUUGUAGCUCUCUACGCUCUCUCACCAAAACCUCCAGGAUCUCAAGGCUUCAGGGCUCUGCAUACAGGCUGCCAGCAAUGACUCCUCUCCGACCGGGAAUGGCGAGCAAAAUCGUACAGCACCCGGCAUUUGAGAAUAUCUGUUGCCGAAUAGAAACCGGUAGCUUGAUAUAUCACAAAUCCGGCAACUGCUGUCCCAACAACGUCCUUACCUUUCCAGUUGCGGAGGAAAAUGCUACUAAUCCUCCUGUUAGCAAGAUCCUUGUCAAAUUCUCCUCUAAAUAUGGAGUUUCCUUACGGCCGGUUCUUAUUGACAGGCCAAGACUUGAAGAUCAAGGUGGUGUAACGGUUGGAGAUGUUUACAAGGCUAUGCAACGACUCUUCGCCGAACCUUUAAGCCAAAAACAAAUCGUUGCUAUCAAAAGAAUCCGUGAUUGGGAAGCCAGAAAACAUGAAGCAGCAAAGCAGUCACUCGCAAGGAUAGAGCAACUUGGGGUUGGGGCUGCUACGACGCCAUCCACACCGGCCAGUGGGUCUUCUCCGGAGCGGACUCCCGAGAAGGAGCCAGUAAUUGAACACGACGAUGCGAUAAUUUACUUAGGCUAUCCUUUUGACGCCGACGCUCUCCCACACACUCAUAACACUGUCAGACGCCAGCGGGAGUUUCUGCACGAUUUUCCUUAUGUCUAUGCAUCAGUGCACGUCACUAACGUUAUUAAUGACGUUCAAGUUUUCAACCUUACAUAUCAUUAG